AUGUCCAUGAUAUUCGCCAGGAUAGUCCACAAACGUCUCAUCCCCAAUCUAUCAGACGAUGAGUUGGCUUAUAUUCUAUCUGCUAGCUUAUAUAAGGAGGCGACCGCCGAUAAUGGUACAGAUGCCCUCGUCCCCCUCGACUCGGAAGAGAGAAAGAAAGCCAAGAUUCGCUUCACAAAGCCCAAGUCUAAAGACCGGCAGCAAAUCACACGGCUUUCUCCUGAUCAACAGCUGAGGCAAUUUGCGCUAGCUCUGGCCGUAGAGUCGAGCGAUCGAUGCGCGUCAACACUAGAUGCCCUAGACUUGAGAAUUGAUCCCCUUGGGCCGACGCUCGAUGUCAUGCUAAAGAUUAUUUCGCUAGCCACCGCGCAUGAGGUUUUGCCUCUUCGUGAGGCAGCUGAAGUCGUUCAGGAACAUAUCAACAACAAGACAGCGAUUAUGACUGAGAAGAUCGCAAAUGUUGGCGCUUUUGAUUUGAUACUCAUACCAAACUUCGAGCUGUACAAGAUCCCUCGGCCAAUGUUUAUCGAAGUCAUUGCGGAACCUGACGAAGAUGAGGAAAUUACCAUUCCUUUCGAGGAUAGCGACUCGUCAUCCGGAGAAAUGGAGGAAAUAGAUGAGAUCCCUCACGAAAAGUUUGGUGAGAGCAGUCAGAGCUCUGUGAUUUAG